AUUUACUGCAGGGACCUUCAGUUUGGAUACUAGGUGCUUGGGAUUGUUCUGCUUUUGGAGUCAAUUUACUGGAAUAUUCCUUCAGAGAGUCAGGACUUGCUUCUGCCUGCUGGAGAGCUUCCUGGAGAACGAGACAUAUCCAAGCGUGUGAGUAAUAUGAAGAAGCCUUUGAACCUACUGGAUCCUGGUAUACGACUACAGGACCGCCAUUGUCGUUAGACCUGGGAGCAGCAUGCAAACAAACCGGUGAACCGCUGCUGCCUGUCAAACCCCCGCCCUUGUAGCCGCCAGUAUCGCCAACCGAGCUUUGGGGGGGAUCCCAGACACUCACACCCUGCUUGACGACCUGCGCCAAACACCAUGGAUUUUUUGGAACCCAUAAGAAGUCAAGACAUGAUAGCUUACUCCUGCUCUGAUCCUCUCCUGGGUCCUCCCAGAACGAGCACCCGGUACCACUAUCAGUGCAUCAAGAGAAAGCUGCGGCCCGGGCGGAUUCUGGGGUUCAUCAUCAGCCUGGUUGUUGUCUCCACAGUUUGUUCUCUGAGUGCCUUCUCAUUGGUCGUGGCAGUGACGAAUGAGCUGGGUUCAGCCAAUGCAACAGUACCCCAAAGAACUCUUCUGCAGCACCACAACCUGUUAGCGGCCCCAGAAGACACACCGGUAGCCAUGAAGUCUUCUGACGAAGAGAGUCAAGGGGACUAUCCGACGGACUAUUUCAGCGUUGAGCAGAGACGUCAGGGCUUUGUGGUGUUUCACAUGUUGGGAAUGUUGUACAUGUUCAUAGCCUUAGCCAUCGUUUGCGAUGAGUUUUUUGUCCCAGCACUAACUGUCAUCACAGAGAAGCUGGAGAUCUCUGAUGAUGUGGCGGGAGCCACCUUUAUGGCAGCAGGUGGAUCAGCCCCAGAACUCUUUACUUCUGUCAUUGGAGUCUUCGUUUCCCACAGUAACGUGGGUAUUGGUACCAUUGUGGGAUCGGCUGUCUUCAACAUCCUGUUUGUGAUUGGGAUGUGCGCUCUUUUCUCCAAAGAGGUGCUGAACCUCACCUGGUGGCCUCUCUUCAGAGAUGUAUCUUUCUAUAUCAUCGGCCUGCUGAUGCUAAUCUAUUUCUUUCUGGAUAAUCAAAUAACAGUGGAGGAAAGCAUUAGCCUGCUGUCGUGUUAUAUUUGCUAUGUGACAUUCAUGAAGUACAAUGCCAAUGUAGAACUUGUCAUCAAGAGCCUGCUGGGCAGCAACCAGGUGGAUGAGCUGGAGACUGCACCGAAGAUAACUGCACCCACCGACGACGAGAACAAGCUAACAGCCAAACCCAGGCUGCAGAGGGAAGGAAGCUGCGCGUCUCUACACAACUCACUGAUGAGGAACAGCAUCUUCCAACUCAUGAUACACACACUGGACCCCCUCAGUGAUGAAGUUUCCUCUGUUGCAGGACAAUUCAGAGAGAAGGCUUCAAUACUCCACAAAAUGGCCAAGAAGAAGUGUAAGGGUGAUGCUAUGAGUGCCAACGGUGUAGCUGAUAAAAAAAUCCCCAAUAGUUCAAAUGUUGCGGUGGAAGUUACACCACCCAUGAACGGCAUUGCAGUAGGAGACCAGGGCAAUGAUGAAGACGAUGACGAUGAAAGCCAACCUCUGAGUCUGGCCUGGCCCGAUACGUUUAGGAAACAGAUCACCUAUCUCGUCAUCCUGCCCAUUGUCUUUCCUCUGUGGUUGACACUGCCUGACGUCAGGAGAGAGAGUGCAGAAAGGUUCUUUCCCUUGACUUUCAUUGGUGCCAUCUCUUGGAUCGCUUUCUUUUCCUACCUGAUGGUUUGGUGGGCUCACCAGGUUGGAGAAACCUUUUGGAUCACGGAAGAGAUCAUGGGUUUGACCAUUUUAGCAGCUGGCACAUCAAUCCCUGAUUUGAUCACCAGUGUGAUUGUAGCACGAAAAGGUCUGGGGGACAUGGCUGUUUCCAGCUCGGUGGGCUCCAACAUCUUUGAUAUCACUGUAGGUCUGCCAUUCCCAUGGCUCUUGUACAACAUCAUCAAUGAUUUUAAGCCAGUGGAGGUGAGCAGCAAUGGCCUGUUCUGUGCCAUUGUCCUCCUCUUCCUUAUGCUCCUCUUCGUCAUCAUUUCCAUCGCAGUUUGCAGAUGGAGAAUGAGCAAGUUCCUGGGCAUGCUCAUGUUCCUACUCUACUUCAUCUUUCUGAUUGUCAGUGUCAUGCUGGAGGACAAAAUCAUUGUGUGCCCUGUCAGCGUCUGAGAGCACGACUCCUAAUGGAUUUCCUGAAAUCUCAUAUCAUAUUUAUCAUAACAGUGCAAUAACAUCCUCACAUACACAUAACACAUUCACAUACACACACAAACUCUCUUAUAUGUUUAACAUGCAUGCAAUAGAUACUGGACGGUACUGUAUACACACACACACACACACACACACACACACACACACACACACACACACACACACACACACACACACACGUACACACAAAAGUUGCUGAUAUCGAUUAAGCCAGAGUUGUGAUAUAAGUCAACUUUGGCCGGUGCACACAGCUACAGUAUUUAUCAGUGGCAGAAAAAGUCUGUUCUCUUAAAACAGACGGCCACUCAAUAAAAACCUUUGAAAGAGGUGACUUUGUUGGGUAGUCACUUCUGGUUGAAACCCGCUGUAACAAAAAUGCUGGACAUUGAAUGCAACUCAGGAUGGAAGUCAAAGGUAAAAAAAAAAAACAACUGACUAUUGAACUGUUUGAACUGCAAUUUAAGAAGAUGCUCCACUGCUCAGGCAAGGAUGAAAGUUUCCAGCUAUAACUUAAAAUGGAGACCCUAAGAGGUUAGUUUUUUUGACACUGAGAUCAAAGAAACUUGUCAUGAUUAAACGAAGGCCCAAUGCAAGAGACAGGAAAAAAUGUUUUCACUUGUUUUUAGAUUUUAAGAAAUUGUCCAUUCCACCAAGUAUAGAAACAAUCUCUGUUAACAAAAUAACUGUGUUUUUGGGGGGUUAGAUACAUUUGUUUAAACUGACUAAGGUUUCCAUCCUGUUUGUUUACUGUGCAUGUGCAUAUCCCAGUUAUCUCAUUUGGAUUUUUGCUAUACAGAAAUGAGCUUGUGAACAUGUCUUUGUUUAGAAAGAGUUUACAUGCACCACUUCAGAAAGGGAUUCCAAGAGAACAAAGAUGAAGAGAAAAAAAUUGUACUCCUGUUUCUAUUUUACUUGUAAUUUACUUAUUCAACUUUUUUCUCAAUUAAAUUAGCCAUUUAAAACAAAAAGAACAAUCAGCUAUCAGUGGCUUUUCUUUGGCAAUGUUUUUAUGUAUAUAUCACUUGUGUACUGUACUACACACUGUACUACGCAAAGUUUGUAUUACUUUUCUUUUUUCAAACUCAGGCCCCAACCACAAUCACACUGUAAUUCUUGUUGUAGUACUGGCUCAGAGUCCUCUUGAGGAUGUUUACAGCAUCUACUGAGGUAUUUCAUGCACUUGUACGUUCAGUCAGUUUCACAAAUUGCAACAAGUGAUGGGUACAUGGCCAUCAGCAGAAAGUUUAACUUACAUCCUGAUGACAUCAUAUAUCUGUUCUCACAGCUCUCAAUGUGUAUCCACCUCAUUGGUUGUAAGCUUAUAUACGCUUAUAAAGCUUAUAAGCUUUAUAAACAAACAAAAAAAUAAUUCAUCUUUUUCGUAAGGGUCCUCCUUUUUCUACUUUAAUGUCACACACUUUUUCUGAAAAGUUAAGAUACUACAUCAUAGUACAAUUUAUGAAACAAUAAAGACGUGUGUAACAAACAAAAAUCCCUUUCUGCAAACAGAAAAAAGUGUAAUCAUUGUCCAUCUUGUGUUAAUCAGUUGCACAACAGCUCGAUCAUACGCAGUGAAUCCAGUUCCAACAUCAUGAACAGCCUGACUGCUAUCAGUGCCCGAGACCACUCAGAAUCAUAGGAAAAAAAGUAGUGGUCGCCUAUGACCCAGUAAUAUGUUCACAUCUGUUCCUCCUGCAGUGCACAUUUCUUAUUGAUUUUCCCCAUGUUGCCUGCUUUCUUUGUAAAACACCUGAAAUAAAAUUGCAUGUCGUAGAUAAUUUACUCUUGUAUUGGUCUAAAAGAAAUGCUCCACUCAGGCUCUGUGGACAUUUCUAAAUCACAUCUACACUUGCGUUGUAUUUCUAGAAGUGCAUAAAUUAGCAAUUUGAACAUAUUAAAUUGUUCCAGAACAUUAUUGCACCGAAAUAGAAGAUGAAAUGCAAAAGGUGAUAUCCUCUUUCAUUUAUAUUUUAGAGUUUUUAUAUUCCGUAUGCUUACCUUGGAAGGAAAAUCUGGACAUGGAAAUAUUCUGCUUUACUCAAGCAUAUAUGUGCAAAAAUGUUGCUUUUAUCAUUUUUAAUAUAGAAAUUGAUUUCUGUAGACACUUGGAUCUGAUUUUCCUGUUUAGAGAUUAAAUCAGCACAAAGGAAUAUUUGCAAUGUGCAGCUCUGAAGGCCCCACCAUGGGCGUGGAGGUGAAGUCGCUUUUACAGCACUGUUCAAAAUGUAUUCUUGUUUGAUCUCUUACUUGAUCAUUCUCUUAUUUUGCCAUCCAUCUUUACUUUCCUGACGCCAUGGUGUCCACUGUAGCUCAGUGAGCUAAUUUCAUCAGUGUUGAUGUGCAACAUUAUGCCGUAGAACAACACAGAUGAGCACUACGGGAGUCCAAAGUUACUUUGGCUGCUUUUUGCCAAUAGUACAGAUGGGAGACAGCGAGAACAAGAUGAUGCUGCCUGAAACUAAACAAAUGUUCCCUUAAAUGAAACUGACGGACAUAUUUAAUGUGAACAACGCUCCUUUGUGCUGCUUUAAUGACAAUAUCAAUUCAUAAUUCAUAUAUAACCAAAAGUUGUUUUUUUAUGUUUUCAUAUUUUUUCCAAAUGAAUGUUUAAAGACUUUUACAUGAAACCGACAGUAACUGUUAUCAAUCUCAGAAAGAAUUUAAUUCAGUGUCUACAGUAUAUAUAUGAACAGAAGUUUGUAAAUGUAAUUGGAGACAUAUGAACUGCGUUUUGUAUCUAGUCUUAGUCAUCCCAUCCCAUGGAAUAGCUUAAAAAUCUUCACACACCAGAUCUUAAACUGCUUAGCCUACCAAUGCAGUAUCACAUGAUUUUUUUUUCUUUUUUCUUUUUUGCUGUCAUGAAUGAUCUGAAUGUGAACAAUGCUGAUAUGGAUGUGUGCUUUUAAAAAUGUUAAGAAUUCUCCUUGCCCGGUUUCAAUACCAUGACAAAUGUUAAAAUGGUGUUGUAUCUCCCUCAUGUGUUGUGCAUAUGGACUCCUCCUCACGUAUUACUUGAAUCAUGUACUAUACUGUAAAAACAUAUAUAUUAUUCAUCUCUGUAUAAAACGCGAUUAACAAAUAAA